AUGAAUCAGGUCUUCGAAGACGCCGAACGGCAAAUUGAAACAUUAUAUUCUACCAGUGACCAGAAUCAGGUCGCUGAAAUCCUGAGAAACCUUCGAGAUUUGCAGCGUUCAAGUCAUGGUGAGGCCCUUGCGUCUUACUUGCUCCAGCAGCAGAGUAUGAAUUGCAGAUAUUUUGGAGCCUUGACGUAUACGGUUGUCUUACAGCAUUUAGAUCAGCCCUCAAACAGAAGCUUACUUGAAUUAGUACUGUCAAUUGGAUCUCAUAUCCGUCGUCUCACUCAUGAGGGAAACUCAUCGAGCUCAAACAUUCUUAUACUACGCAAGCUCAUAUCAAAUUUGUCUCAGGUAUUUAUUAACUACCAUGAUAAAACCCCUAAUCCCUUAUUUACCGUUUUGGAGGCGAUUUCAGAUACAGAUUUUCAGGACGCCACUUCAUUUGCAUAUUGCAUCACCCAACUAACUCCUGAUAGAUUUAGCCUAAUACUCUUGGUUUUUGCCAUAUUGAUCGAAGAUGUGACAAGACGUAAUGACUAUAAGUUGCCAGUGCAUCAUGCAAUCAGAUCACAGAUCUAUCCGAUGCUUCUAACUUCUGUGGAGUACAUUGAGCAUCUUCACACGCAAGGCGAAAUGCUCUAUGGGCUCGAUUUGGAGACUCUCAAAACAAUAUCUUCCUGGAUGGCGUAUAUACCUAACAUUGGAGGUGACCUACGAUUCUCCGCAGAGGAUAUCGCUCCUUUGACUCGAUACCUAAUAAUUCAUCUACAGGGCCCAUACUCUUUGGACAAUGAGACGAAUUUGCAGCAGUAUAAAGAGGCAUUGUUAAUAUUUUCGGAGAUUCUCGAAAGCAACGCUGCACUCUUGUCCCUCGAGACAAAGCUGAUACUAUACAGCCAGAUUUUUGACGAGAAUAAGUGGGGAAGUGAAUUUCUCAAGAAAGUGGUGUUAAGCGAAAAAAGAGAAGAGUUUGAAGACGAGGUAAAUGCGUUUGUGUACUUAGUCAUCGUGAUUGCCCAGCUCAACUUGAUUAGGCUCUCAAGAUCAAUACUUACACCUCAGACUCAAAACAUACUAUCUAUCAUGUACCAAAUUACCACCAUACCUGGAAGUCCCCUUAUCGAUGAGAUGAUCUCACAGCAAAUGCUUGUUUUUUGGGAAGAAUUUGCCGAUGUGUAUGUCGAUCUGGAAGAUUUAGUCGAAAUACUUAUGGAGAAUAAUAAUGAUCCCGGCUUCGCUGACUCAUUCAAGCGCGAGAGAGAUAGAAUAUUCGACGAGGUAGCCAGAGUGUACUGGAAGAAGAUCCAGAUCACAGACUUACAGUCUUAUCAGUCAUCUAAAUCAGACCUCUUGACGUACAGAAACAACGUGGCAGAUUUCUUCUUGGUGGUAUACAAUCUUUUGAAGUCCCCGUUUUAUCGUUCUCUUGCUGCAUUCACAGCUGAAAAGGCGGGAUCUACAGAUUUCAGCAACAAGAAUCUUGCCGAGAUUGAGUCUACACUCUUUCUCCUUUAUAAAAUCAACGAGGACUCAUCAUACUACGAACUGCAAACUCGUGAGUUGAUACCCUAUUCAAAGGCCAUAUUUGAUGGUGGUAUCAUGCGCUUUUUUGAGCAUCUUAUUCUGAUACCUCACAUCGGCAUACUCUAUAUGUCUACUGCAUUGCACUUCAUCAGUUCAAACGAGUUCUACUUUGCUAGCGAGGAAGGGUUUGGUCACUUAGGGGGUGUAUUUGAUUACCUCUUCACAGUAAUCAUGAAGGGCUCUAAGCCCCUCUCACUCCUUGCUUCGAAAGCCGUCACAAAUGUUUGUGAACACUGCGGUAGUAAGUUGACAAGUUAUCUCUCCAAUUUAGAGCCUGUUGUGAUAGAGAUGCUCAAGAACACCAACAUCGACAGUUUGGUGAGGCUGAGGAUGUUCAAUGCAUUCAGUGUAAUUGCAAGAGGUAUCGGCAGUGUUGAGGAGCACGCAGAAAUCAUCAAAGGGCUCAUCACCACUAUCGUCGAGGCAGCUCGUUCGAUGAUCGACAACACUAAGGAUGAGUUGAGGGAGGAACAGGAAGAUUACCUAGUAUCUUUGAUAUCUUGUAUCGUCAAUAUUGCGAAGGGUAGCGGGCUACCUGAUGAGACUGUUGAUGAAAUGUCAGAGGAGGAGCAAGAACGUUAUAGAAGCUUUUGGGCGUCGGAUCCAUUGCAAACAAAGAAGUUAGUUCUCCUCAUCAUUGAGGAACUAUGUUUAAACUAUGACCCUCUUGCCCAAAAGCCCAUCGUGGUAGAGAAGGCAACCCAUGUGUUUAAGGCCGGCUUGGGGGAGCGUCUUGACGGACCGUUCACUCUCGACAACACAACAGUGGCUCAAUUUGCACUCAGGAUGAUGAACUCGUUGACAAAUCCCAAUUCUGUGCCGUAUGUGUUUAAUUUAGUUGAGGCACUUGUCAAAUUCAAUUUCAGAACGUUAGAGCCAGGGCUUGUUCUUGAGCUUGUGAACGGACUCAUCGCUGAAAGGCUUGACUUUCUUAGCACUGAUCCAGACAUGGUCAAAUGUGCAAUUGAUUUGUCGGCCAGGAUCAUCGAGUGUAAACCGUCUCUAAUAAUUCAUGCAGAUGCCUUCGUGAAUAUCAUCAUACCAUUUGCCCUUGACGGAUUGAGCGCAAACGAGACCUUCAUAGUCAAGUCAGUUCUGAAAUUUUGGACUGAUUUCACAGCUUUAAGAAAAGGCAGCAAAGAAGAUCAGGAGAAAAUGAAUGACAUUUUCAUUCGUCACAAUCUCGGACAGGUGUUAACGAGGCGCUUGAUUGAAGCCUUUCUCAAAUCACCACGUUCUGCUCUUGAGUUAUACUACAUUACUUUCAGAGCACUCCUUGGCAAGUUUCCUACGCACUUUAAGCAAUGGUUAAUCAACUCCCUUGAGAACCAAGAGACUUCCAUAGAAGCACGGGUCUCUGGAAAAGAUUUAGAGAUGUUCAUUCACCGCCUCCUUGUCACCCGUGGAAGGAGGGCCGCCAAUGAGGUUCUCAAAUCCUUUUGGUUGCAGGUAAAUGGAGUUGUUGAUUACGGGUCACAAAGUUUUUAA